AGUCUCGUAUCUCUCCCCCGAGAUAAUUCCUUUUUGCAUUUGCGACAAAUCCCUCUUUUUUAGGUUUUUUUUUUCUCUCGUCCUCAUGAUGCAACAGCCACCGCCUACCGCCGCCGGAGCACCAUCAGACCAGCAAGCUUAUCACCAGCAGCAGCAGCAGUGGAUGAUGAUGCAACAGCAGCAGCAGCAGCAGCAACAGGGUCAGCCUCCGGCUGGAUGGAACCAGCAGUCGGCGCCGUCACCGGGUCAACAGCAGCACUACGGUGCUGGAUCUCAGAAUCCAGGAUCCGACGGUGAGAUCCGUUCGUUGUGGAUCGGUGACUUGCAGCCAUGGAUGGACGAGAACUACAUCAUGAGCAUCUUCGCUCAGACUGGCGAGGCUCAAUCAGCUAAAGUCAUUCGCAACAAGCAGACUGGGCAGUGUGAGGGUUAUGGAUUCAUUGAGUUUGCCAACCAUGCUGCAGCCGAGCGGGUUCUGCAGACUUACAACGGUGCUCAGAUGCCGAACUGUGAGCAGACCUUCAGGCUGAACUGGGCUCAGGCUGGGGCUGGAGAGAGACGCCAAGCUGAAGGGCCUGACCACACAAUCUUUGUUGGCGACCUGGCUCCUGAGGUCACUGACUACAUGCUCACGGAAACAUUCACGAGUGUAUAUUCGUCUGUCAAGGGGGCAAAGGUUGUGACUGACAGGACCACUGGACGGUCCAAGGGAUAUGGUUUUGUCAGGUUCGGGGAUGAAAGUGAGCAGAUGCGUGCCAUGACCGAAAUGAACGGUCAGUUUUGCUCGACCAGGCCUAUGCGUAUUGGUCCGGCUGCCAACAAGAAACCUCUUACGAUGCAACCAGGUAUGUAUCAGGACACUCAAGGAGGAAAUCCUGGAGAAGUCGAUCCAAAUAACACGACUAUAUUUGUUGGAGCUCUGGAUGCUAGCGUUACAGACGAUGAAUUAAAGUCAGUUUUUGGUAGAUUUGGAGAACUAAUUCAUGUGAAAAUACCUCCAGGAAAGCGUUGUGGAUUCGUUCAGUAUUCCAACAGGGCGUCUGCAGAGCAUGCACUUUCGAUGUUGAAUGGAACACAGUUAGGUGGACAAAGCAUCCGUCUUUCAUGGGGACGUAGUCCAAACAAGCAGUCACAGCCUGAUCAACCCCAAUGGAACGGUGGUGGAUACUAUGGAUACCCUCCACAGCCACAGGGCUAUGAACCAUAUGGUUAUGCACCUCCUCCUCGUCCUCAGGAUCCUAAUGCCUACUAUGGCGGUUACCCUGGCUAUGGCAACUAUCAGCAGCAACGCCAGUGAAAGAUCAACACCAGCUUUUUCAACCAACGUCUUGGCCUAUGGACAAAAAUAUGAGUCGCUGAGUCUUGCUAGGACUUUAGAUUAAGAAUGCUCUGUCUUUUCAUUUGGUGUGAGUUUUGUUUGCGAAUGAGUUUAUGUUGGAUUUGCUAUGAACAUAUUGUUUUAGUGAAUGUUGAAACUUUUAUCUGUCAUUUA